GUCACCAGCAAUCCCAUGACAGUUCAACAGCUGGGACCUUUUUCACCUUCAGUGAAUCAGCUUUCAACAGCAUGCAGCCAGAUCAGCCCUAGCUUACAAAGGUCUAUGGAUGUUUCCAGCCUGAGUGUUUCUCCAUCAGAUACAAGGUCACUCUUGUCAUGUGAGUCUCUGGCCUCCACAACGUUAAGCUUGUCAGAUGGUCACUCCCCUUUGAGUGUUGAACAAGAGUGGUCACAAAGGUACAGGACACUUUAUUCUGUUCCUCCUGACCGUGAUUUACAAAAUGGCAAUGAGCUGGGGGACUUAAUAAAUUUUUCACCUGAAGCAUCUAUGUCCAGUAACUCAUUACCGUUCUACUUAUAUGGCAUGGAAAAUAAGAAUUCCUCGUACUCUAGUCCUCACGAGUCCUCAGUCUGGUCUCAAUCAGCCCGCUCCAAAAAGAAAACACUCUCUCUAUCUCCUCUGUCUGACGGCAUUGGGAUCGAGUUCAAUACAAUCAUUCGUACAUCCCCAACUUCUCUGGUGGCCUACAUCAACAGCUCCAGGACAUCUCCAGCAAACAUCUCCCCACAGCCUGAGGUCUACGGACAUUUCUUGGGAGUGAGAGGAAGCUGUAUACCCCAAAACUGCUCUGUUUCAACUGCCCAGAAAGGCUUCCACAUGGCGAAUGGUAAUGUUGCUUUUCCAGGGUACGUUGAGAACGGGACAGGUGAGUACCAGCGGAUGCAGCAGCUGGAGCAAGCCAGCCUACAGACGGUUGCCACAAAUAACAUGGUGAUCCAGCAGAGUGUGCUGCCCAUGGACAGCCAGGCAAUGGGCAUCCGGAAAAAUGAACAGCUAGAUGAUUUCUCAUGCCCUAUUGUUGACAUGUCUCUUUCACCCCUGGUGCUGCCACCCCCUCCUCCACAAGGGCCGCCCCCACCAUACCAUGCUCACCAGCACCCGCACAGCCUCCCCAGCCACAUCCACCCGCUGCAGGUGCUGCCUCCUGCCCCAGGUGCCCUGCUGGAGGAAGAUGGUGAGCUGGAUGAUUUCAAUGUCAAGCAUGGCUGUUGCUGGGUUGACUGUGGGAAGAUAUAUGACCAUCAAGAGGAGCUUGUGCGGCACAUAGAGAAGAUCCACAUAGACCAGAGGAAGGGAGAGGACUUCACCUGCUUCUGGGCAGGGUGCCCUCGAAGGUUCAAGCCAUUUAAUGCCCGUUACAAACUGCUGAUUCACAUGAGAGUCCACUCAGGAGAGAAGCCAAACAAAUGCACAUUUGAGGGUUGCAAGAAAGCCUUUUCCAGACUAGAAAAUCUCAAGAUUCACUUAAGGAGCCACACGGGUGAGAAGCCGUACCUUUGCCAGCACCCUGGCUGCCAGAAAGCAUUCAGCAACUCCAGCGACCGUGCCAAACACCAGAGGACACACUUGGACACUAAACCUUAUGCAUGUGAGAUUCCAGGAUGUACUAAGCGAUACACAGAUCCAAGUUCCCUGAGAAAACAUGUGAAAGCCCAUUCUUCCAAAGAUCAACAAGUCAGGAAAAAGUUGCGAUCAAGCUCAGAGAUUGGCCAGGACAUCCUGAAUGACUGCCUUGCAAUCCAGCCCCUCCAGCCAGCCCUGUCACCACAUGGUGCUGUAGAUAAUACCGUGGGACACUCCCCAGAGCCUGCUUGUGAUAUUUACCCAGCAGCUGGGAUCCCCAGCACACAGAUAAAUCAAAGUGGAACAGCAGCUGGGGCAGUGUCCUUGUCCCACCCUGGCAGCCACUCUUCUCCAGGACAUAACAUACAGGGCAGUCCUCUGCAUCCUCCCCAGAUACCUCUUCUUGCGGCUGCAGACUCAGAGAGGUUUGUUGCUCCAGCUCCUUCUCCUCAUCACAUCAGCCCCCAGGGAAUGUGCAUUCAACAGCCCAUGAUGCAGAGACAGGCUCUACAACCUCCUCAGCUUCCACAGCUUGCAGGGAUGCCUCUGAAGACAUACCAAUCAGCAGAAAGCCCUACUUUUCAGCCAAAUGCCCUUCACAUCCAGGGUUUUUAUGGGCAGCUUCAAACUUUCUGCCCUCCACACUAUGCUGACACUCAGAAGAACAUACAAGACAGUGUUUCUUGCAAUAUGGUUCCUCCUGUUGACUGCUCAGCUCUCACAUCAGCGGGCCAGGCAGGGCUUGGCAUUCUCCAUCGAGGUUUUUCAGAUCAUUCUGGUAUCAAAGUGUAUGACUUUCCAGCAGGGUCUGUAGGUAUCUUUGGUGAUUCAGCUUGCAGCAUGUCAGAGGACACCAGUUUCCUACAAGUAAAUGCAGUGGAUGAUUGUUCCAGCCAGCUUUCUUCUGUAUUCACUGAAGGCUAA